AUGACAUUUUUGUGCAAAAUUCCAAGAGGGAAUCCUGCUGACUUCCAAACAGCAAUUUCAGCAACAAAAUAUGGGAAAUUCAACUUAUUUUUAUUACUUCUCCUCAUCCCAGCUUCUUUGCUGGUACAAAUCGAAUCUAGCUUGAUAUCGUACAUUAUUCCUGCUGCAACUUGCGAUCUUAAUUUGAACGUGUCCCAAAAAGGGUUGUUAAAUUCAAUGGCAUUCCUUGGCAUGUUAUCUACAGGAUUCUUAUGGGGAUUUCUGCUAGAUACUUUGGGCAGAAGGAAAGUUUUGCGUGUAGGUUUUUUGGCCGAAGCCGUUAUAGUGUGCGGCCAAGGAUUGUCUACGAAUGUUGCAAUGUUGUAUAUUUUCAAGUUUUUAGGAGGAACUUUAAUUGGUGGUGUUUACGUAGCUUUAGCCACCUACUUGCAAGAAUUCCACGCAACAGAGCUAAGAGGAAAAAUCCAAAUGGCAUCUGGAAUGAUUUACGCUGGCGCUAACGUUCUAGUACCAUUAUUAUCAUCGGCCAUUCUACCAUUGAAAAUCAACGCCAGCCUAUACAUUUUAGAGCUUCACGCCUGGAAUAUACUCACACUGAUUGGUAGUCUAAGUGCCCUAUUAUCGUUCAUAGGCAUUUAUUUUUUGCCUGAAACACCCAAGUUUUUGAUGACUUCGGGCAAGAAUGAUGAAGCUUUGAGAGUUUUGAGAAAAAUGUAUAGGAUUAAUACUGGGAAUAUGGAAAAAUCUUAUCCAAUCGAUUCAUUAAUCCAAGAAAUCCCCGAUGAAUCGGAAUUGGCAGCCAACAAAAAAUCCUGUUGUGAAUUUCUGAAAUCAGGCUGGCAACAAAUGAGGCCACUAUUCGGAAAACAAUACAGGCUCCAAUUGAUGCUCGUCUGUCUAGUCCAGAGCUUCUUCGGUAUGGGGAUUCACACGUUCAGAUCGUACUUGCCGCAAGUGUUUCAGGCUACGCACGAGUACGAAAUCGCGCACAACGGUACCACCCCUAAUCUUUGCAGUAUUUUGGAUAUUCUCAGGUCGAAUGCAAGUUCACUGCUUAGCGAACACGAGGAGGUUAUUUGCGUGGUUAAUGUUGAAAAUAGCUCAAGAGUUUACUUGAACUCUGUCAUAAUAGCUUCAGUGGCUCUACUGAAUUUUGCCAUAGUUGGAUUCUUGAUAAGUACUUUUAGAAGGAAAGUGUUGCUGACUAUUCUUGGUCUCACGGCAGCCAUAUCAGUAAAUUGCUUAUAUUUUUCCCAAAAUACUCCGACAACCUUAGCUGUAAGCUCAAUCUACUUAAGUACCAUAGGAGUGUGUUUCGAAAUUUUCAUCACUGUGGUUGUUGUGGUAUUUCCAACAACUUUAAGAGCAAUGGCUAUAAGUUUGUGUCUAUUCAUCACCAGAUUGUGUACCGUGGCCGGUACCAAUAUAUUGCCGGUACUUGUUGAAACUGGUUGCGUACCGCCGUUUAUUUGUUUGGGACUCGUAUGUUUAGUGGCAGUACUGCUUUCUUGGUUUGUUCCUGAUACUGAAACCGAAGACAUGAAGUAA